UCUCUAUCAGAGAUUAAUCUCUGUCUCUAUGGUCGGAGCACUUGGAGCACAUCAAAGAAAUGUAAUUUCUAUAUGAUAUUAUGGCAUAUAAAAACGUAAAUACUAGUUCCAGAAGCAUAACUGAUCAGAAAGUAAUCAAGUUUCUAAAUUUCACUUCGUUUUUUCACAACAAAAUCUUUAGAAUGUACCUGAUGUUAUUGAUCGAUGGUUAUUACCUUAAUCCAUUAAUAAAAUUUCAUAAGUAAAAAGAGUUAAAUGUGGAUGCCUAAGAAAGCAUUCGUGCCAUGGAUGUAAGAAUAUUAAUUUGCUUCGCUCCUAUUUCCUACUCAACUAAUUUUGGCCCUCAAAAAAUAUGCAAAAGAAAAGCCUUAGCAGAAUCUCAUGUAAAACUUGUAGAGGAGUAAAGGAAAAUGUUGGUUUAAUCACAGGCAGUGUCAUCAGAACAACAUCCGUCACCGAACAUCCAUAUACAGUGAUAUUAGAGAUUUGUCUUUUUCUGAAAUAUUUUGAAAAUUAAAAAAUGGCACCUUUCCAAACAAUGGUCAACAUAAGAGAAGAAGCUACUGACAGUAAUGCUCAAGACAUAAUCGAUGUGCAGAUUUUGCCAGAUGAAGAAACUUGGGCUGAAAAUACAACAAUUUUUACGGGAAACACAUCUGAAAGAUCCGAUUCAGUUGAAGGAAUUGAUCAGUGGUCAAAUGAUGAAGUAUCUUCUAAAGUAGCAUUCAUACGUUACGUUAGCCCACCUUUACUGACAUUUGUUAUUUUUGGCGUUAUUUUGAGCCCUUUAAUUAUGAUUAUAACACCAAAACUUGGAAUGAAUCCAGACUCACUUUCAUUGCUUUCAAUUCAACAAAAGUUAGUUUUCUCAUCUUGUAAUAUUGAAUGCAAGGGACAUCUCCUUGGCCUAAUGUUUAAAGUAACUUUACUUGGAAUCGGAAACUGGGCCAUAUUUUUCCGAGCUAAAAAAGUUUUUACACCUCGACUAUGCAUUUUUCAGACAGGAGUAGUUAUAUUAACUAUGUUAUGUGUGAGCACAUACUGGUUAUUUUUCAUCGUGCAGAUUGUGGAAGGUGUUAAGUCUGCUGUCAUUGGAGAUCUGCCUGAGUAUAAAUAUUUGGUAAAUUAUGCGGAUAGUCUAGCAAAUACUCUUUUGUUCAUUCACUACAUUGCUGUACUCCUUAUUGAGAUUCACCCGUUGAAGUCUUCUUACUACUUAAAGGUUAUUCGAUCUCCUGAUGGUGAAUCUCAUUCCUUUGCUAUAGGUCAAUUAUCCAUCCAACAAGCUGCAGUUUGGAUUCUAGAAAAUUACUAUACAAAGUUUUCUAUUUACAACCCGUACUUAGAACGUUUACCAGCAUCGAAAUCUAAUAAAACAAAAAACCACAACAACUUUAAAUUCUACAAUGUAGAUAGCAAUACUGCCAGUAGUCAUGAAGAAUAUAGUCAACCUGCAUAUGGAAGUAGCCAAGCUGUACAAACUGCACAGGCAAAACGGAGAGAUUCAAGUCAUAAUGAACGUUUUUAUGAAGAACACGAUUACGAUAGAAGAGUGCGAAAGCGGAAAGCGAGAUUGAUAACUGCUACAGAAGAAGCUUUUGCUCAUAUACAAAGAGUAAACUCAGAUAUAAUGUCCCAUUCCAAUUCCUUAAAUCCACUGGAAGCUGCUCAAUCUGUAUUUCCUUCAAUGGCUCGAGCUUUACAAAAAUAUCUGAGAAUUACUAGGCAACAACCUCGUUAUACAGUAGAAACUAUUUUAAAAAGAUUAGCACAUUGUAUAUCUCAAGAUUUAUCACCUCGUUCAUUCUUAGAACCAUUUUUUAAUACAAGUCCUGUUCUUUCAAAUGAAAAAGAACAACAGCGUAAAAUACAAGAGUGGGCUCUAGUAUGUGAGGGAGAUUUGCCAUCUAGACCACUCCGUCAUAACUCAGUAUUUCAACUACGGCAAGGAGAAAUAGCUCUCCUUUGUACGAUCUACUCACUACCAAAUUUAUCUUUAACUGAGCAAAUAGCUCUUCCGAAAUCAAAUAGAUUCUUAUUAAGACUAAAUUCGGAGACGUCCGUAUGAAUUUUUUUUUCUUUUUAUAUUUUCUUUGUGACCGAAAAAAUUUUUAUAAGUAUUAGGCUGCGAUCUAGUGCCAUAAGUUGUUUUCUAAAAAAAGUUUCAUCGUUCUGACUUGUCAAGAUAAAUCUAUUUUUAAGAAGAUACUGUUUACUUUAGAACAUUAUAGCAUUAAACAUAAAAAUAUAGUGGUUUAAAAAUAUUAAUAAGUAUACAGGUUUCAGCUUCAUAAUACAAUAAGUAGCUUUGUAAGUGGACCCUUGCACUUUUCUUUUCUGUUCAUAAAAAGAAAAUGUUCGCGUACUUUUCCGUAGCUUUUUACACUUUCGUGCACAUUACUAUAAUUGAUGCACAAUUAACUUUUUUGACACAUUUAUAGAUUCCAGUAGCUAAAACGUAUCGAAUUUCACAUUUUUAUAAAAUUGUAGUUUUUAAGUGAAUUUCGAUAGUUUGUGUACUGUCAUUUUAUAAAGUUCGUACAUCUACAAACAUCUUUUAAUUUUUGGUUUUUCCAAGUAUAGAGUUCAAAUUAAGUUUGAAUUGACUUAAUUUUAAUGCAUUUAACAAAUUUUUUCUGUAGCUUACAAUAUGUUUGAGAUAUUUUACAUGCCAAAAAUUCAUUUAAAUUAAUUUUAAAAUUAAGAAGUCGCUGAAUCGUGAGAGUUAUGCAUGGAGUAAUAUGAUUUUUAAAAUGAGCAUGCAUGUCUGUACCAUUAUUUAUUUAUAAAUUUAUCUUGGUGAUAUCAACGGUCAUCGCUGCUUUUUUUGUAUAAACUCUCACAGUAAUUCAAGUGUUAUUCAAAAAUGUGUGUGGAUACUCAAACUCCCGUGCGCCAGCCGGUAUGUAAUAUUUGAACAGGAUUUCACGAGAUUGUAAAAUAUUCUGAAAAACUCUUUAUAAUACCUCUUAAAUAAAGAUAAGCCUUUUGUAACGUA